GGCUCCGGCAGCUCUUCUUCCGUCGUAGGGGCAGCGGGGAGCAGCGGCUGGCGGCGGCGGAAAGGCUUGGGAGGGUCGGCGGCGGAACGCCCUGAAAGCGGAGUGGCGGGGCGCCCAGAGGUGUAGCGGUCGCGCCCUCCUCGGCCUCACUAUGCCCGGCUGGGGGCUGCUGGGUAGGGCCGGCGCCCGGGUACUGGGCUGCGGCGCGGAUGGCCUGGGUGCCUCCCGGGGCUUGGGAAACAGAACAGACAUCUGUCUUUUGGUUAGAAGUCUCCAUGGCAAGAGUGUUACUUGGUGGGAUGAGCAUCUUUCUGAAGAAAACGUUCCCUUUGUUAAGCAGUUGGUCUCUGAUGAAAAUAAAGCCCAAUUAGCAAGUAAACUCUGUCCUCUGAAAGAUGAGCCAUGGCCUAUACACCCUUGGGAACCAGGUUCCUCUAGAGUAGGCCUCAUUGCACUGAAGCUAGGCAUGAUGCCCUUAUGGACCAAAGAUGGUCAGAAGCAUGUAGUCACGUUACUUCAGGUACAAGACUGUCAUGUCCUAAAAUAUACUCCAAAGGAAAAUCAUAAUGGAAAAAUGGCAGCCCUAACUGUAGGAGGAAAAACUGUAUCACAUUUCCAUAAAUCUGCAUCUAUAUUGGAAUUUUACCAGGAACUUGGAUUGCCUCCAAAACAGAAAGUUAAAAUCUUUAAUGUAACAGAAAAUGCUGUAAUUAAGCCAGGCACCCCUCUAUACGCUGCUCACUUUCGUCCAGGACAGUAUGUGGAUGUCACGGCCAAAACUAUUGGUAAAGGUUUUCAAGGUGUCAUGAAAAGAUGGGGAUUUAAAGGCCAGCCUGCUACUCACGGUCAAACGAAAACCCACAGGAGGCCUGGAGCUAUUUCAACUGGUGAUGUUGCCAGAGUGUGGCCUGGAACUAAAAUGCCUGGACAGUUGGGGAACAUCGAUAGGACAGCAUUUGGACUGAAAGUGUGGAGAAUAAACACAAAACACAAUAUAAUCUAUGUAAAUGGCUCUGUACCUGGACACAAAAAUUGCUUAGUGAAGAUCAAAGAUUCUAAACUGCCUGCAUAUAAGGAUUUCUGUAAAAAUCUGCCGUUCCCCACCUACUUUCCUGAUGGAGAUGAAGAGGCACUACCAGAAGAUUUGUAUGAUGAAAAUGUGUGUCAGCCUGGGGCACCUUCUAUUACCUUCACCUGACUUCAUUGGACAUUACUCACAUAUCCUGUGAAUUCUGAUGAGCCUGCACAAUAAAAUAACCAGGAAUUGUA